GAUUAUAGUGAUGCUGAAAGUUUCAAUGGUAAAAUUGUUUACAAUCCUGAUGGUUCAGCUUAUAUAAUAGAAGAAAGUGAAUCGAGUGACAAUGAUUCCCUUGAUAUACCUCAACAAGAUGGGGCCAUAGUGGAUGAUAAAGGAACUCUCAUCUCAUCUUCACCUGCUGUGAAACAACAAACUCCUAUCAUGCACAGUUACCGUGUAUACGAUGUACGCACUAAAGACAAUAAUAAUGACACUAAAAGUGAAUCUGAGUAUGAAAAUGGACCCACUGUACCGACUAAACCUAUAUUAAUGUGUUUUAUCUGUCGACUGUCUUUUGGACAAGUGAAAUCUUUUCAUUCGCAUGCUGCUAAUGAACAUGUCAUGAAACUCUCUGAAAAGGAGGUUAAAAUUCUGAACAGUAAAAAUUCUUCAGCUAUAAUCCAAGGUGUAGGUAAAGACAAACAUCCAUUAAUGUCUUUCCUGGAGCCAGUUUCUCCCAACACUGAUAAUGUGGUAUCAACUAAGUCUUCUAGUGUUAAACCAAAGAAAGGAUCUCCUAAAUCAUCAUCCGAAACACCACUUCAUUCAAGUCCUUUACCACUACCACAACCUAGUUUUCUUGGUAUGUGUGAUGAGCAUCCUCAAGGGCGGCUUCAAGGUGUUGAAUGCCCAAAAUGUGACAUUGUUCUUAGUUCUUCCCAGUCUCUAGGUGGUCAUAUGACAAUGAUGCAUUCUAGAAACUCUUGUAAAACAUUGAAAUGUCCUAAGUGUAACUGGCAUUAUAAAUACCAAGAAACAUUAGAUAUCCAUAUGAAGGAGAAACAUCCAGAAAAUGAUGCACAGUGUAUUUAUUGUUUGAGUAACCAGUCACAUCCAAGGUUAGCUCGAGGCGAGACCUAUUCCUGUGGUUAUAAACCAUACAGAUGUGAAGUUUGUAACUACUCCACUACCACCAAAGGUAAUCUCAGUAUUCACAUGCAAUCUGAUAAGCACAUUAAUAACAUGCAGGAUCUGGCUAAUGGCAGCACUGAGAUGAAAAUGCCACCUGCAGCACCACCGACUCCAACUACAUCAGCUACAACAGCAACUGUUCCCCCAUCAUUUCCACAAGACGAGUCUCAAAUGAAGAAAUUACAGAAACCAAAACAAACAUGGAGAUGUGAUGUUUGUAAUUAUGAAACAACAGUGGCUAGAAAUUUAAGAAUUCACAUGACUAGUGAGAAACACACCCACAAUAUGAUGGUGCUUCAACAAAACAUGAAACACAUGCAGCAGGAUAUGCAUAUGCAAAUGAAUCAGUUAAUGAUGUUAGGGCAGCAAGAUCCUAUGUUUACUAGUUUACCUACAACAAUGGGUGGUGGAAUGUUCCCCUAUGAUCAAUCUAUGAUGCUUGCUGCUGGUAUGCCUCCAGGAUUUGAACUUCCAGUUAACCUUACCAAAGAAAAUGGCAAUCCAAUGGAAAUAGAUGAAAUUCCAGAUGCAGCUAAACUCUUUCACUGUUGUGUAUGUAACAAUUUUACUACUGAUUCUUUAGAAGCAUUACAUCAACAUUUACAGCUUGAUAGAACCAAACAACAAGAGAAUGAACAUGUAACAGUAGCAGGAGGUACUUAUCUCUGUAAUCUCUGUCAGUAUAAAACUAAUUUAAAGGCCAACUUCCAGUUACACAGUAAAACUGAUAAGCAUAUACAACGUUUACAAUUAGUUAAUCACAUUAAAGAAGGUGGAGUUGGUAAUGAAUGGAGAUUGAAAUAUCUUAAUGUUAGUAACCCAAUACAGGUUCGCUGUAAUUCUUGUGACUAUUACACUAACAGUAUUCACAAACUUAACGUCCAUACCACAAACUUACAACAUGAAUCUAGUGCUCAACUCUUCCGUCACAUACAAUAUGAGGAGGCAAAGCUCAACAGUAGUUCCAAAUAUUACCACUGUGCCAUAUGUCAGUACUCUACCAAAGUUAAACUGAAUCUAAUCCACCAUGUUCAGUCAGUACAGCAUUUACAGAAUGAUGCAGCUUAUAAAAACAGAGCUAAAGAAGAUGGUGGCCAAACUUUAGAUGUUGACCAGAUAUUUCAAGUUCGUCAGUUGAAAGAUGAUGAUGAUAAGCAUAAAAUAGGAAACCAUUGUUUAAACAAGCAAUGUGUAUUCUAUAUUUCCCAGCAUAAUAUUGGGUAUGGCAAGAAGGAAAGCAUAGAUUCCCCAUACCUCUCUGGCUCUGUUGCAUCUAAUAUUCAAAGCUUCAUGCUCAUUUCAAAAGAUUCUUACCAUGGUAAUGAGGUGAAAAUUAAUGGAAGUGAUAAUGAAGCUGUUAUCAAAGUGAAACAAUAUAACUGUCCACUAUGCCAAGAUGAGUGUGUGGAGAUUUCUGGACUUAAAUCACAUCUACUUCAAGCACAUAAUGUCAAACAAGAGGGACUGGACAGAAUUCUACUCAUAGCAGAACAAACUGAAUCAGAUGUCUACAAACUAUUGUCGACUAAACCUCAAGAAAAGUCUUCCACUGUAGACACAUCAAUGGUAUCUGAUAAAAAUGAAGAUGGACAGUAUCGCUGUCAGACAUGUUCUUCAGCAUUUGGUAACAUUGAUCAACUUUACGCACAUCAAAAUGAACUUGGACAUUUAGAAUUGAAGCAAACCCCAAGAGGUCCAGGCUACUUAUGUUGGAAGAAAGGAUGUAAUCAGUAUUUUAAAACAGCUCAAGCAUUACAAGUUCAUUUUCGUGAAAUACAUGCAAGACGGAACAUUAUAGGUGACGCCAAUUUUUCGUGUUCCCAGUGUUCUCUGGUUUUCCAAUCUGAAGAAAAACUUGCAAUACAUAACCAAUAUCAUUUAGUCAAAUCAACGACUUCCUGUCCUGUUUGUACUGCCUCAAUGAAAGGCGUUCAACAAACUUUCGAACAUUUGGAAUCUGCUCAUGGUGAUUUAUGUAAAGCAGAACUUGAAAAACAUCUGAGUGAUUUGAAUAGUAAGGCUUAUGCUUUGUUUUCUAACCCUGGAUUUGAUAAAUACCUUGUUAAAACUAGUGCUAAUAACUCUAAGAAUGAUUCUUCUUCAUGUGAGGAUGAGGAGAAUGAUUCUUUAAAUAAUAGUGCUAAUUUAGAAGAUAGUCUCGAUCAUUCCAAUGCUGAUGGUGAGAAAUCAGAUGCUUACAAAGAGCAGCAGUUUAUGGAAGAUUAUAUGAACAGUCAAGCUAUUGCUGAAGGAAAUUAUGAAGACCCAACUAGAAAGUUUAAAUGUCAUCGUUGCCGUGUUGCAUUCACUAAGCAGAACUAUUUAACAAGUCAUAAUAAAACUCUUCAGCAUAGAAAAGGAGAAAAAUCAGUGUAUCCUGUUGACAGGUAUUUAGAUCCAAAUAGACCUUUUAAAUGUGAUGUGUGUAAAGAAUCUUUCACUCAGAAAAGUAUUCUGCUGGUUCAUUACAAUUCUGUAUCUCAUCUUCAUAAACUGAAACAAGCUGCCCACACUGGAUCUUUACCUGCUGCCACAUCUGCUUUAUCAACAACACAAACAACUUCUGCUGUAUCCACAUCUCUUGAUUCAUCUCCUCCAUCAACAGCAACAACUACAAAUUCAUCCUCUACAGCACCAAGUUCAUCAACUUCAACAUCUUCAACUGCAUCAUCAUCUCAAGAUUCUGGUCGCAAACCAUACAGAUGUAACAUCUGUAGAGUAGCAUACAAUCAGGGAGCCACCUUAGACAUUCACAUCAGAUCUGUUGCACAUCAAACCAGAGCAUCUAAAAUCCAUGAAUUAGCCAUGACGGGGCGAAUAGACAUAACAUUACCACUUAUAGAAAAUCCAGAUUUGGGCAAAGUAUCCACACAGCAAGCUCAGGCCAUCACAGAUAUGAUCAGCCAAACUCAGGCUAAGCUUAAUGAUUUGGAUUCAACCCUAGGAACAGGAUUGAUUUGUCCUAAAUGUCAGUCAUCUUUUGCUACUCCAGAAGCAUUACUACAACAUCAAAAGAUCUAUUGUUAUUUGGGAUCUCAUGCUGCUCUUGCAAGACCAAGGAACAUUUAUGGACGCUUUAAACCACAAAUUCAAAAGAAUCUGUUGGAAAACAUAGGAUUUGAAUGUGUAAUGCAAUUUAAUGAAAAUCUCUUGCGCCCUGUAAAGAAAGAGAUUGAAGAAAAUGUUGAAAGUCGUAAGGAAGAAGUUGGAGAAACUAAUUGUGAGGAAAUGGAUACUUCAGAAAAGAAAGAAGAAUCAGAUGACAAAAAGAAACAGAUUGAUAUGCCUGAAAUGAAUAGAAGUCAUUGUUCAAAAUGUAGUAAAGACUUCUCUAGUGUAUGGGUCCUGAAGACACAUCAAGAAGAAGUUCAUAAAACAAUGGUGCCAAUAGAGUUAGUUGAAUCGUUUGGUUCACAAUUUAAGAAGGAAUUUGAAUUGAAAGAACCCAAAGAAAUUGAGCCACCAUUGACACCUCAAGCUUCCAGUGAAAAAACUAAUCAACCUGAAAUGCCACCACCUCCACCACCUUCUACAUCUCAAUUACAAAAUCAGUUUGACAUCUCACAACUGAUGCCUAUGUUUGGAAUGAUGCCUAUGCCAUUAUCAAUGAUGCAGCUUGGUAUGCCCUCACAUAUGAUGCCAAUGAUGUUACCUGGGAUGGAUGUCUCAAGCUUUAUGCCACCAAUGCCAGUAAUGGAUCCAAACUUUGCUUCUGCACAACAACAGAUUCAACAUCAGGCAGCAGCAGCAGCAGCUGCAGCAGCAAAUCAAAAGAGAGUAAGAACCAGAAUAAGUGAUGAUCAAUUAAAGAUAUUGAGAGCACAUUUUGAUAUCACCAACUCUCCAAGUGAUGAUCAGAUCAAACAGAUGUCAGAUCAAUCUGGUUUACCACAGAAAGUUAUCAAACAUUGGUUCAGGAACACCUUAUUCAAAGAAAGACAACGUAAUAAGGAUUCUCCAUACAAUUUCAAUAAUCCUCCAUCAACUUCCAUUGACCUGGACGAGUAUGAAAAAACUGGGAAAAUACCAGACAUAAAACAAGAACCAAGUGAUGAUGAAGAUAAUGAGGAUAUAGAUAUGGAGCCUGAACGAGAGCCUAAUAGAACAAGAUUUACUGAUUACCAAAUCAAGAUGCUGCAGGACUACUUUGAACAGAAUGCUUACCCUAAAGAUGAUGAGCUUGAACAUCUUUCAAAGAUGCUGUCGUUGAGUCCACGGGUGAUUGUUGUUUGGUUUCAAAAUGCACGUCAAAAAGCACGAAAGAUAUAUGAAAAUCAGCCUGCAAGUGAAGUGAAAGAACCUGCUUCAGUAUUCCAAAGAACCCCUGGCUUGAAUUACCAAUGUAAGAAAUGUAGCGCUGUAUUUCAGAGAUAUUAUGAGCUCAUUAAGCAUCAGAAGAGGAUGUGUGGAUCUGAUCAAAAGAACAAUAAUAACAGCAACAACCAUCAAAGCACAUCCUCUAGAAAUCAGUCCUCAUCCUCCAGUGGACAUUCUUCUGGGAAUAAUAUGGCAGCCUAUAAUUCUACUUUUGAUGAGGGUUUUGACGAUGAUGAAGAAACUGAUUCAGACUGUCACUCACCCAAUGGAGACACUAAUCUUAACUCCUAUGCUGAUGAUAGUGCAUGUGCAACAAGCGUAUCACAGUUGCCAACCUUCCAAUGUGAUAAAUGUGAUGCUUCAUUCAACAGACUUUCACAAUGGCAAGAACAUCAACAGAUCCACAAUGUCAACCCAGCUCUCUUCCCUGGUUUUGGACCCAACAGUGCAUUUGAUGUACUUCAAACUCUUGCCCAUCAUGAAGGUAACUCAGCAUUAAAGAGGAAGUUUGACAGUGAGGAUGAUAGUGAUCAACCACGAGAUAAGAGGUUGAGGACAACAAUUCUUCCAGAGCAGUUAGACUAUCUUUAUCAGAAGUAUCAGUUGGAUUGUAAUCCUAGUCGAAAGCAAUUGGAAAACAUAUCCAAUGAAGUUGGCUUGAAGAAGAGAGUUGUACAAGUUUGGUUCCAAAACACAAGAGCUCGAGAAAGAAAAGGUCAAUACAGAGCACAUCAACAAAUCAUACACAAAAGAUGUCCCUUCUGUAGAGCUUUGUUCAGAGCCAAAUCUGCAUUAGAAUCUCAUUUGGCCACUAAACAUCCAGAGGAAAUGGCAAAGAAAGACUUCAAUAUCGAUACUAUUCCUGAUGCUUCCUUAGAUACAAGUCCAACAACUCCACAAUCGCUGCCAGGAUCUUUGCCAACAACACCAAACUCGGCACAUGAUCUGAAUAAAAUCCUACCGCCUGGUAUGCCAAAUUAUUUACAAUUCAUGCCACAACCAGGAAUGGGAUUUUCUCCUGGAUCUGAUUCUGUACAAAUGUCAAUGCAUCAACUCUAUGAAGAUUCCUUUAAACGCUAUAUAAAUGAUUUGAGUAGUACUCCAAAACAUGCACAUUCAAUUUCUGAAGGUAAAGGUUCAUCUAAAAGAUCUGAAACAGAAAGUAGAUCACAGAGUACCAAUGCUGAAAUUGAUGCACCACUUGAUCUGAGUAAACCUAUAAAGAUUGAUAUUCAUGACAAAACUUCUGAUGGCCCAUCAACUGAUAUGAGUGCUUUUAGUUUUGAUGAUCAUUUUGGAAAAAGAAGACGCAGCUUGGAUGAGUCUAUAUCUGAUACUAUGUCUGAGGCAGCAGGUGAUCAUAAUGAUGACAUGUCUUCUAUGCUCAGCAAUCCGACCUCUCCUUCCAAUUCACACAUUAACAAACGAUAUCGUACUCAAAUGACAAGUAUCCAGGUUCGAGUUAUGAAAAUCUUAUUUCAAGAUUAUAAAACACCUACCAUGGCAGAAUGUGAAUUGUUGGGUAGAGAAAUAGGUCUUCCAAAAAGAGUAGUUCAAGUAUGGUUUCAGAAUGCUAGAGCUAAGGAAAAGAAAUCAAAGAUGAAUUUUCCCAAAGGUUAUGGUGAAGAUAAUCAAAAGACUCCUGAAAAAUGUAGCUUAUGCAGCUUCAAAUAUUCUCACAAGUUUACAGUUCAGGACCAUAUCUUUACCAGAAAACACAUUGAUAAUGUGAGGAAGCACAUCCAGUCU